UGGAAAUUUUUCUCCACUCUCCACCCCACUUGCCUUAUCACUUCCUCACCAACUAUUCUGAGGAGAUUUCAAUGCCCAUUACUUUUACCCUUUUCUUUUCCUAUAAAUUGCCCUCCCAAUAUUCUCAAAAACCUCUUGCUCUUUCUCUUCUCUUCCUCUCUUAAGUUUUAGUUCUUAAGCGCUGCUAGUUUUUCUCUUGUUUUGCUGUUUUUCUUGAUCUGGGUUUAUACAAAAACACCGCUGUUACUCUGCCAAAAAAAAGACCUUUUUCCCUUCUGCAAUUCUUGAUGCUGAAUAUCUUGUUUUUGAUGUCUGAGAUUCAUGUCUCCUGUUCUAAGUGAAAUCAUCCGUUCAGGGUUUACGAUCAAUUCCUCUCUCAGACGCAGAACCCAUCUUGUUCAAUCGUUCUCUGUUGUGUUCCUCUAUUGGUUCUAUGUGUUUUCAGAAACAACCCGUCUGCCUGACCAGUUUUUAUUUUUUUUUCUCUUCUGAAAAUAAUUAGCUUAAUAUAAUUAGUAAGGAAUUGGGUCCUGUGUCUUUUGCUCCACCAGGUUAAGCCAAUUCUGAAGUCUUGGUUUUUAUUUGUGUUUGUUGCUCUUUGGUGUAAAUAUACUAUUGUUAUAAUGGCUUCCUCUAGUGGGAAUUCCUCAGGUUGCACUGUGUUUCAGAAUUCUGGGUCUGAAAAGGACCAGCAGCUUCUGAUGGACGAAAGAAAAAGAAAGAGAAUGGAAUCAAAUCGUGAAUCAGCCAGAAGAUCCAGGCUGAGAAAACAGAAGCACUUGGAUGAUUUAAUGUCACAAGUAACUCAGCUAAGAAAUGAAAACAACAAAAUCCUUACUGCCAUCAAAAUCACCACUCAGCACUACAUGAAUCUUGAGACUGAGAACUCUGUUUUGACGGCUCAGAUAACGGAACUCAGCCAUAGACUUGAGUCUCUAAAUGAAAUCAUCAAUUUCAUCAACGCAAAUAGUGCAACUUUUGACACUGAGACUGGUCAGGGUCGUGGCAUCCCAAUUGCAUCUGACAGCUUAAUGAACCCAAUGAAUUUGAUCUUUCUAAACCAACCCAUCAUGGCAUCUGCAGAUAUGUCUCAGUAUUGAUCAUUGUCGUCGUCGUCGUCAUCUUAUGGCAGAUAUUUGGUCAAUUACGGUUGUCAUUGUUCCUUUUAAUGGCUCUGUUUGGAGCAAUGGACUAUCGGGGUACUUGGCUUUUGUAACGUGUCCCACUGUGAAUAUAAUGUUAAGGAGCCUGGAUAUAUUUGGGUUUUUCUGGUAGUCAAGUUAAAAGUAUUUGGAUUUUUAGUUUCCAUCAAUCCUGUGUGGCGUUCCUUCUUUUGUCUGGAAUGGAAUGGUUUCGAGUUGAAGUUUAUGUCUAAUAUCUCGGAUUGAAAUUAAUUUAUUUAUCUUUUUAAUUA